AUCGUCCCCAAACCAGGUCUCCUCCGCAGCCGCCGGUGAUGGCGCAGUCCCCCUCUUCAACUACCAGAUGCCCGGCCCCCUGCCCUCGGCCUUCCACCACCCUGGAGACAGGGUACUGCAUCACAUGCAGCUGGAGUGGCUGGCCAGGACUGGCAUGUUCUACCAUCGGAUACCGGAGCUUGGAGGUGCCCCGCACGCGCUGCUCGGCAAGACCCGCCGCCCCCGCACCGCCUUCACCUCGCAGCAGCUCCUGGAGCUGGAGAAGCAGUUCCGCAUGAACAAGUACCUGUCUAGGCCGAAGCGGUUCGAGGUCGCCACUAGCCUCAUGCUCACUGAGACACAGGUAAAAAUCUGGUUCCAAAACCGGCGUAUGAAGUGGAAACGAUCCAAAAAGGCGCAGCAGGACACGAAAAAAGACCACGCGAGCGACGACAAAAAAGUACCCAAUAAAGAACCGACCACAGAUCAGGAAAAGCCUCAGUUGGCAGACUUGUCGGCUGUCAAACCUCCCGCCAUGCUGGACAGGGACAGAAUUAUCGCGCUGGAGCGAGAGAGGGCGAUAGCGGCGGCGAACUUUAAUUCGAAUUUAGACAACAGACGGGGAUUGGUCAUGAGCCAAGAUGGCGGGCGGUCCGCUGAUAUGUUCAGGCCGUAUGUGGUAUGAAAUUAAACGGGAUUUUUUGUUUGUUUUUUCGUUUAUUGUUGGUGGUAUUUACUAUUUAGUUUUUGAUGUAUAUAAAAAUAUUUGUUUGUUUAAUGAUUUUUCUUAUUAAUAUCUACACUACAGUAUAAAAAAACUAAAUUGGCAUUUAAAUGUAACAGCGAAUGGGGGAAUUAGGGUGACCAUGUGUUAAUAAAAUUAUAGGAUUGUCCUAAAAUUUUAUCGAAAAUAAUUUAACUUAAUUUUAAGUCCCGUGAUUGUAAAAUACAUCUUAUGAUUGUAAAUAAGUAUUGAAUGUAAUAAAUACUACGUUGAAUUAAACAUAAUAAUAUUAAGUACAUUAAAAUUAGUUACUUAAAUAUGCCGGAGGAACUGAUUUCAAGCCAAAUAUUGUCUAGACUAUCAGUAAAAUUAUUUUUAAUACUAAUGGUGUAUAAUUUUACUCUAUAAUUUAUUGGUAUUGUAACAGUAUGUUGCAUUAUUUUAUGUACUUCGUCAAUAGGAGAAAAAUUUAUAUAAUUACAGAGGAAGGCAAAAGCUUAUGUAUCUAAUAUUAAUGUAUACCUAAUUUUUAAUGUAUACUAUUUUUUUUUAAUUUAAUACAUAUAAUAAGAGGAGACUGUUAAUGCAUUUAUUUCUAAUAUUGUUAUUUAUUAAAUUAUUUUCUAAGUCCUAGUCAAUGAAAAGUAUGUACUGUGUUUAGCGGAAGACAUCUUGAAUCAGUAUUAUUUGGUAGAAUAGAUAAAUAUAAAUGUUUAACAAGUAGGUAAUGUAAUAUAAAGUAUGGUACGAUAAGAUAUUUUUAUAUUUAUUCAUCACACUUCAUUACGAAACAAAAAACUACCUGUUUGGUAAUCAGUAGAUCCACAUAGUAACGCCACACUAAAAAGAAUUACAGAAUUAGCCUGACAUUGAAUUUUUAAAAUAUAAUUGUAUUUUUAAAAUAUAUUGAUUAUGUUAAUUUAUGAGUAUUCCAAACGGUCACUUAUUUAUAC